UGUCCAAAGAUGCAGAAGUAUCUCAUAAAUUGUCAAGUUUAAAUAAUAUCUAAUUUGCGGUUGCGGUUUUCUGGUGAAAAGCGCGUUUUUAGCGGAUGGAGAAUACUCAAUUUUUUAGACCUUUUUCCCUCAGUGUCGGAACUUUGGUUAUCCGGCAAACAAACAGAGAACCCGGAGGAGAAAAAAAAAUAUAUAUAGAAUAGGUUUGCUACCAAACAUCAUCGGAGGAGUAGCACGCGCAGGCACCAAAUCAAGUUCGGCAAUCCAAGCGACUAAAAAGUGCUAACUGAGCGUUAUAAUAAAGCUUAGCCUUAGCCACAACUUUCGAGCUGCGGCAACCGAUCGGCGGCUGAGAAAACUUUAAAAAGUCGCCGGCAAUGCUGCCGUAAUCUUAUUUCCGAUCUGAGCUUGGAGCUGGCAACACAAUCCACGGAAACAAAUCAACAUGAAGUGCACUUUGCUAACUACCUUGCUGGCGACCCUGGCUGUCUCCUCUCUGGCGGCCCCCUUCGACUUGAGUGAUAUCUUCUCCAGCUUCCAGCCGCUGGAGAAGCAGGAUGUGGUCAAGCGCCAAGUGCAGGUUCAGGCCAAUCCCGAUGCCGAGCUGAAGCAGAUCUCGUUCCAUGGUCUGAUCGGUGAUCUGGAGGAUAGUCUGUUCCAGUCAGCCCUAAGCGUACACCAGGCUAGUGCUCCUGGCAGCCAGGUGGAGGAAGUCAAGCCUGGCCAGGCUAUCGAUGAGGAUGAGGAGCAUGCGUUGACCAAGCGUUCGGAUGAGUCCACACAAGCUACCACGGUCACAGACGGUUCAAUAGAUGACAGCGUGGCUCGCAAGAUUCUGUUGCAGACCACCAAGAAGGUGCCCGGCAGCGAGGACGGUGUGCCCGCUCACCUUAUCAUCGACCAUGUCUCCGUGCAGCCACAUAAUGGCGGUGCCCUGCCCCUGAUUCCCACCUUCCAGGUGCACCACACAAAGUUGAUCUCGGCCACCAUUAAGGAGGACUCGAAUAACGACAGCAGCGAUGGCAAGCAGACUAAGAUUAGCAUCACCAAGACCUCGAUCACAUCGACGGCGCCUCUGGAGAGUGUGGAGGAGGCGGUGGCCGCCGCAUCGGGUGCCAGUUCAAGCUCUAGCUCAACGAGCACCACCACAGAGAGCGCCACCACGAAGGCAGCUCAGGAGAAGGAGCAGACGGAGGCGGACAAGCCAAGUUCCACCACUGUUCUGACCAUCGUGACUAGCUCCAGCACCAGCUCCAGCUCUACCUCCACCUCCACCACCACCGAGGCGCCCAUUGAGAAGCUGAAGAAGGACGAGGAGAAGCUCAAGGAGAAGGUGGCCGAGGUGGAGGCCGAUCCCGUCAUCCUCUCGGCUCGCGUUUAAGCAAGCCGACCUUUUGAACUAGUUGUAGCCCAUCCAAUCUCAUCUCAAACUCACAUAUUUAUGACACGCCAAGUUCAAUUAAAGUCAUGUGAUCCGA